CAACAGAUGCUGAUGAUUGGAGUAAAUGAUCCUUAAUAAAUAAAAAACAUGAUCCGGAUAGCUGCUCUGAAUGCAGCUUCUCAGGCUGCAGAUGAACACGAAGAUGCCUUCAGAAGCACUAAACCAAGUCAAACGAAGGAAGCCCAGGAGGCGGAAGCGUUUGCCCUGUAUCAUAAAGCUCUUGAUCUACAGAAACACGACAAGUUUGACGAGUCUGCCAAAGCCUACCACGAGCUCCUCAAGACGCCGCUGCUCAAGGAGGCAGUAGCAUCUGAAGAUGAGAAAGUUGGACUCAAGCAUCCUGGGCUGAUGUUGAAGUACUCCACCUAUAAAAACCUGGCCAGUCUUGCUGUGCUCAGAGAUGAUUUAGACACUGCCAUGGACUUCUACGUGCAGGCUGUCAUGCUGGACUCCACAGAUGUGAAUAUGUGGUAUAAGAUGGGAAAGCUGGCGUUAAGGAAGGCCAGCAUGCCUUUGGCCCGUCACGCGUUUGAGGUGGGCUUACGCUGUAACCCGGACCACUGGCCCUGCCUGGACAGUCUCAUCACGGUCCUCUACGCUCUGAGUGACUACAGCUGUUGUCUGUACUACAUCUGUAAGGCUCUGGAGAAGGACACGGGUUACAGUAAGGGUCGAGUGCUCAAGGAGAAGAUCUUUGAAGAGCAGCCCUGCCUCAGACGAGACUCUAUGAAGAUGUUCUCCAAACUUCAUGUAUCGGUGCAGUAUGUGGAUGUAGAUGAGGAGGAAGCCCACAGCAUCGUAGAGGAAGCGCUGGAACUGAGGAGACAGAGACAGGCUAAGCUCACACGCCAUCCAGUAGCUGACCUGCAGCUGGUUCAGCCCAUCAAAUACUUCACGUGGAAGAGUGUUGGGGAGAGUUUCUUGGCGAUGUACAAACACCAGAACGCAUGUCUGGUCCCACGUCCUGACUUCGGGCGCCGCAUCGACCUGUCAAUGUACCGCGACCCAGACUGCCUCGUUCAAACGCCCACCAGCGCUCCAGCCCCUGCCGCUGCUGCCUCAGACCCCCACAGCCCCGUCCCCGUCAGCGUACCUCAGGCCCCGCCUCCCCCUCCGCCGCGUCCCAGUAGCCCGAGCGCCAGUCUGCCCCCUGCCCCCGAGCUCCUUGUCCAGCCUCUGACCCAGCCCAGCCCUGCCGCAGGAGUCCCACAGAGCCAGAACGUGAUUGAGAUCACCACCACGACCACAGUCACCACCGCUGCGGCCCACGGAGCUGAGGACGGAGCUGUUCCCACGCUAACUACCGCUGCUCUGGACGCUGCCUUGAAUGACAAAGCGAAGAAAGGCACCAAGAGGAAACGUGUGGUAGAGGACACGGUGGAGACGGCGAAGAGACGCCCGGCCCGUGUCCGCAACACCAAGUGCAAGAAAGAAGAGAAGAUCGACUUCCAAGAGCUCCUGCUCAAAUUCCUCCCCUCAAGACUGAAAAAGUUUGAAGACGAUGAAGAUGAGGAGAGCCUGAGUAACAUGGACUCGCAGUGUGACAGCAAACCUGAUUCCCAGUUGAAUCGAGGAUCCAACUCCUCUGAGUACAUCGUCUCGAUGGAGUCAGAGCGGAAGGAAGUGCAUGCGUUCCUGCUGGCGAACAUGCGGAACGGAGGCAUCCUGGAGCUGAUGCUGAGGUAUCUGAAGGCGGUGGGGCAGAAGUUUCUGGAGGAGUGGCCGGCGGGCCUCGGCGUGGUGGUGCUGGAUCUCUUCAGCUGCUGGAGGAAACACAGCACUGGGCUGCCCAACCCACUGCUCAGAGACUCCAGCAACCAGCACAUAAAGGAAAUGAUGCUGAUGUGUCUCUGCUGUCUGGAGCUGCAGUUGGAGCAGAAGUCUAUGAUGAAGGGCAAGAACACGUCUCAGAGGAAGACCAUGUCUGGUUCAGGAAGGGAUUGUGGGGACGCCGAAGGUGCGGAGGCCCGCUUUCAGACAGACAUGUUCCUCCUGACCAUGGCCUCCUCUCAGAGAGAUCUGUUUGAAGGUGCCUGGCUGUCUUUUGCAGUCAGAAUUCACUGGCUCAAAGCAAGAUACCUCGCAUUUCAGGGUGACAUGGAGGAGGCCCUGGAGUGUUACGACAUGUGUGUCGGUCUGCUGAAAGGUCAGACAAGUGAGAUGGAAAAAAUCACCAUCGUCCUGCCCAACCUCAGCGCGGACAAUGCCAUCUCUAUAGAGGAGAUUGAGAAGAAGUUGAAGUCUCUAGAGCGAUGUCAGUCUCUAGAGGAGAUCCAGAGAUUGUUUGACACGGGAGACUACCAGUCUGUGGUCCGUCUGCUGCAGCCCACGCUGAGCUUCGGCCCCGGCUCGGCACGAAUGAAGCCUCUAGAUUACAUCAGCUCCGCUCCUGAGAGACCGGCACAGCUCUUACUGCUGCAGAGCUCCCUGCUGCGGCUGAAAGACUACAGCUCCUGCCUCGAGACAUCCGAAGUGUCUCUCAAUGAGGCCAUGCAGCACUUAAGCUCUGCGUUGCCCGGCAGCCCCUCUGCAAAGGAGGAGUGGGUGUCCACCAUCACGGCCCUGCUGAGGGGCAUCGAAAGCUGCAUGACAGAUAAGCCUGAGCUGCUCAGUCACACCCCGCGAUCCACGAACCUCGCGCGCCUCGCCAACAACCUCAUACAGUUGAUAUCCAACAGCAUGGUCUUGCCCGAUGACCCCAAAGAGGCUCAUUUCUCAUCGCUGCUGCCGUGGAUUCUUCUGUACCAGCUCAUCAAACAGGAAGAGGCAGCCUUUGACUGCAUGCUGAGGCAGCACAUCACAGAUGAGGAUGAUGAUGAGGAUGAUACUCCGUUGCUGCCGUCCUCCCUCAUGCUUCUGAACACGGCACACGAAUACCUGGGCCGUCGCUCCUGGUGCUGCAACUCUAAUGGCACUCUACUCAAAUUUUUUGUGCGGGUUUUGCGGGAGAGGCUCUCAGGACAUGAGAACCUGCCAUAUAAAGAGGAUCUGGAGACCGCACUGGAGCAGUGUUUCUUCUGCCUGUACGCCUACCCGAGCAAGAAAAGCAAAGCCCGAUACCUAGAGGAGCAUUCUGCCCCACAGGUGGAGCUUCAUUGGGAUGAUGCGGUCUUUAUGUUUGAGUACUUUAAACCCAAGACCUUGCCAGAGUUUGACAGCUAUAAGACCAGCACUGUCUCAGCUGACCUUGCCAACCUGCUUAAAAGGCUUUCUGGAAUAAUCCCACGCACCGACGGCCCCACAAUCUCUGUUGACGAUGUGUCCGCUUAUAUCGAAGGAGGUGCUCUCAAGGUGCCAGCUCUUCCAGAAGGAGCUUCCCCGGCGCCCCCUGUGGUCAACGAGCUGUACUACCUGCUGGCGGACUACCACUUCAAAAACAAAGAGCAGUCGAAGGCCAUCAAGUUCUACAUGCACGACAUCUGCAUGUGUCCUAACAGGUUUGACUCAUGGGCAGGCAUGGCACUGGCACGCGCCAGCCGCAUCCAGGACAAGCUGAACUCCAAUGAGCUCAGGAGUGACGGGCCCAUCUGGAAAAACUCUCUGGCUGUGCUGACCUGUUUCAAACGGGCUCUGGAGAUAGACGGCUCCAACCUCUCUCUGUGGAUCGAGUACGGCACCAUGUCUUACGCCUUGCACUCUUUCGCUUCCAGACAGCUCAAACAGUGGAAACACGAACUUCCUCCUGACUUGAUCAAACAGAUGGUAGAGCGCAGAGACUCAAUGUUGGAGACGGCGUCGCAGUGCUUUCAGAGUGCUUCACGCUGUGGUGGUGAUGAGGAGGAGUGGCUCAUUCACUACAUGCUGGGAAAGAUUGCAGAGAAGCGCAAACUGCCGCCCAAAGACUACCUGCAGCUGUACAAAAAGUCUGCACACUACCUGCACGAGGAAGCCGCCAGGUACCCACGCAAAAUCCACUACCACAACCCGCCUGACCUCGCUAUGGAGGCCUUAGAGCUGUUUUUCCGCCUGAGCGCCACUAUUCUGAAGUUGCUGGAGAAUGAGGAAGAUGAUGGUGAACAAUCUGAGCAGCAGAUGAAGCUAGUAGAUUAUGAACUGUUCUUCAACAUGCUGGCUGAAGCUGCCGUCGGACCCUUUGCACGUGGAGAGGAAAAGACCGCACCCAAAACCAGCGUCGACAAGGAAAAGCUUCCGUCCAUUAACGACGAGGACUCGCGCUCCUCGGUUGGCGUGAGUACCUGUCCGGCAGCGCUGGCCAACUCGUCUGUCGCAUCUGUGGUGGCUCCAACAGCUUCUCUGCCUGGCGACGGUGCGGCAGGUGCGAGUUCUCCCCCGUACACGGUCACUCCGGUCGACCACGAUUACAUCAAACGUAAAAGCCUGCAGCAGAGGCACAGGCAGGGGCAGGAGCUCCAGCAGCGGCCGCAGCAGCAGCAGCAGCAGGACGGAUCUUUGUAUGAGCAAAGUCAGGACAGCGUUGCUGGCUUGUCAGACUCCAGCUCCUUGCAGGACGUCUUCAUGGAGGCCACCAGCUCUCAGGACAGCAGUCACAAGGUCGAUCCUGGGAAGUGUAGUAUUUUUCCAGAAGAAUCGAAUGCAACUGGAAAAGAGAAACCCGCCACAAUAGAGGACGCAGGCCCCUUGGAGGACAAGAACAUGGACAUCAGCUCCAUCACGCUCUCUCAAGAAUCUUCAGUCACACAAGAGUCUUCAGACACCACUUUAUCCAUCACGUCCCCCGAGGCGUCCGUCCCCAAAACCCCUACCACGGACACCCCGACCCAAGCUCCACCUCAUCCGCUGCACGCCGCUCAACCCCACCGACCUCACCCCCAGACCAGCUCCUCCAGCGAGGGCAAGCGCAGGCCAGAGCCACCUCCUCCGCUGGAGGUCAUAGAGCUGCCUAAGUGUCUGCCGCCGGGACAGAGAGAGCAGAGGAAAACACUAGUGGAUGUGUGUGUGAGGUCUCUCUUCCUGUGUCUGAGUCGCUUCCCGCAGCACUACAAGAGUCUGUAUCGUCUGGCCCACCUGUACGCCUACAGCAGGACACACAAGAACCUGCAAUGGGCACGAGACGUGUUGCUAGGGAGCAGUGUCCCAUGGCAACAGCUGAAGCACAUGCCGGCACAAGGACUUUUCUGCGAGAGGAAUAAGACCAAUCUGUUCAACGGCAUCUGGCGUAUUCCAGUAGAUGAGAUCGAUCGUCCUGGUAGUUUUGCAUCUCAUAUGAACAGAUCCAUCGUGCUCUUGCUGGAUGUUCUGUCGCAACUGAAAGAUCACCACACUUUAUUUAAAAUCUCCCUCAUGCUUCAGAGAACCCCUGAUCAGGGAAAGAAGUACUUAAGAGAUGUGGACCGACAGGUUUUGGCCAAGCGAGCAUUUUUCUUCACUGUAAAAGUGCUGGAAGACAAUCUGGAUAAACUCACAGGGGUAAGCGAUCCCCUUAAACCGUCUACCAACUGUAUGGGUGAAAUGACCACUGCGGAUGUGUCCAACCGGCCCCCUGCUGUGGAGGACUCCAAAUGCUCCCACCCCUUGCAGCCUAAAGCAGGACUCCCUGACACCCCUAAGGCCACAGGAAGUGAGAACGGACCUCCUGGCAUGCCUCAGCAAUGUUCAGCCACUCUGCAGCUCUCCCUGGAGCCUUUAAACCAGGCGACAGAGGCCGCCGUUCACCCCAGAGAAGGUACUUCAGCCCUUGCAGAGCCUAUGGAGCUUGGCCCUGCAUCGUGGCUGGGUGCCUCAAAAUUCAGAGACCCUCAAACGCCUGUUGAAACCAGACCACAGGAGCAGGGGGUGGUUAAACCGGCACCAGAGGAAGCCGAUAAGGUCCCGGAGAGCAGCCGGGCGUCCGAGCUAUCGCUGGAGGAGUUGAGCAUCAGCUCAAAACAGCAGCAGCUACAGAAUCAGGUGAACGCAGCUAAAGGAGCACUUACUAUGGUCACACCACCAACAGCCAGCAACCCCACACCUCUACCCAGCACCCCUGAACUGGGACCGCAGCAGAGACCCAACAGGAAGAGGAAGCUGCUGGAUGACGUGGAGUCGGGCAAGACGCUGCUUUUGGACGCGUACAGGGUGUGGCAGCAAGGUCAGAAGGGCAUGACCUACGACCUGAGGCGCAUCGAGAAGAUCAUGUCCGAGACCUACAUGCUGAUAAAACAGGUGGAUGAGGAUGUAGCAUUGGAUCAAGCUGUUAAGUUCUGUCAGAUUCAGAUGGCAACGUCGGCACAAAGACAGAGCUCCAGUGAUGCACCCAGCACUCCCAAGUUUAGUAAAGACCAGCGAGACAUCUUCUUCCCAGCGUCGUUCUCCACGCCGUGCCUCCACACGUACCCAGCGCCAUCGCAGGACGGGGAGACCAAGCUGAGCAAGACCCCUCGACCUCUUCUCAUACAGCCGCACACACACAGCACUCCAACGCAGAUCUACUGCCCGCCCUCCAGCCAACUCGACCAAUCACAACAGCGGAAGACGCCUAGCCAGCCAAUAGCAAGCAUGGCCUUCUUGCCUCACGCAGAGGACAGAGACGAGCCGGUUACCGAGGGUCUGCUGUACCGCCAGCAGGAGUCCCAUCUGUGCCAGCAGAUGAAGAUGACCACCGUCUCUCAGAUGCACAGCACACAGGAGUGGGCCGCUCACGAGCCCCCGUCCUGCUCCACGCACACCAGCGCAGAAAGCGAGCAGUCAAAGCAGGCAGACGCCAGUCGCAUCCGGUCCAGGAUUCCACCCAACAUGCCCAAACUGGUGAUCCCCUCCACCGUCACUAAAUUCCCCCCAGAGAUCACGGUCACCCCCCCCACGCCCACCCUGCUCUCUCCGAAGGGCAGCAUCUCCGAGGAGACCAAACAGAAACUCAAGAAUGUGAUCCUUUCCUCUCAGUCGGCAGCUAACGUGAAGAAAGACACUCUCGCUCAGCCCGCUUUAGAGGUGCAUGAGACGUCGAGCCAGGAGUCGUCCCUGGAGAGCGAGUCGGAUGAGGAGGAUGACUACAUGGACAUCUGAACUCUCGAAGUGAGCUCUGAAGCCAAGGCCGCUUCUUUAAUCGUGUAGCUGCAGCUAAUCGCCGACGGUUUUUUCUAUAGCGCGUUUUUCUCCGCUGUUUGCACGUUUUUUUCAGCGAAAGGGCUUUUUCCUACCCUGGCACUUGUGUCCUGUUGGUUUUGCUCCUCUGCUGCUAAGCAUGGACUGGGUUUCUAUGUCGUUUAGUUGUUUUUUUUUGGUCGCGUACGAUCCUGCAAAGUGCCAUUUUUACUCAAAACGAUGCUCGUAAAGUGGAAUUUCCUAAAGGAUGGAUUGUGUAAUACUGACAGCUUGCGUGAUGCAGUUUACUCUCUCGGAGUGUCCUGGGCAUUCAAUCCAUCACAACGUUGUUUACAGAUUUUAGAGGAAGUGACCUGCGCUCGACGUUUAAACAAACUAACGGAAAAAAAACAUGAUUCAUAUCACUACCAAGAUUCAAUGGCAUUGUAACCAAACGUGAAAUAUCCCCUCGGGACGUCAGCAUGCAAACGUGACGUGUGUGUUCGUUUCUGUGCUUCGAUUUUCUUUUUUGUAACGCUCAGCGUUCAACAGUUGUCCAUGCUUUGGCUAUUGGCUUUUUUAAAGUGGAGUUCUACAAAUUCUUCACAGCACCACAAGAUUUCAAUUGAGAUAUUUUUUAUUAUUAUAGAUGACUGUAUUGGUGAUCUAUUGGUUGUUAAAAAAAAAUAACGAAAAAAAAAAAUCACAUUUUGGAGUAUUUAAGCCACCACAAGUUGAGGUGUUACUGUACGCGUCUCACAUUUUUGACCUGAUUUCAUUUUUUCAUUUGUAGUUUUAAUGCAUUUCCGUUUGAGGAUCAUAAACAACAGCGGCAUGUCCGUCUCGUCACCAGCACUGAGAGCUAUUAUUCAUAUCACAACUGAAAUAUGAAUGUGAUCUAACUAGCUACAGAAGAAUUGACUUGAUGUUGUAUUUGUAUUUUUUCAAAAUAAUGCCAAGAUGUAAAAAUUACAAAUUCUUUUAAACGAUAAAAAGGCCUAAAAAUGGUGCUGAUCCCUUACUUUUGACUUUUUAAAAGAAUCUUUAAAUGGUUAAAUAGAAAGUUCUCCCAAAAUGGCACAUUUGUUUAUCAUUUACUAUACUUAUGUUACUAUGCUCGUUUUUUUUUUUUUUCUGUGGAACAUAAAAGGAGGAAUUUAAUAGAACGUUCAUGCUGCUCUUUUCCGAAAUAAGUGGAUAGAGACCAGAGGGUGUCGGGGUCCAAAAAUGACAAAAAGCACUAAAAAAAAUAGCAUAACUUGCACAUAAUACUCCAAGGCAUUUGAUACUUUUUGCGUAAGAAACAGACCGAAUCCUAAGUCAUUUAAUUCUCAUCGACGUUUGUGUAUAUUCUAAUAUGGCACGUCAAAUCAAAUUUUGAACUGUUCUUCAUUUAAGACUAUUAAAUGCCUUUCAAGUCUCGAAAUAUUGCACACAAGCCUAAUGGACUGCGUUGUUGGUACUUUUUUGGAGCUUUUGGUCACCAUUCACUUUGAUUGUAUGGGAAAGAGCAGCACGAACAUCCUGCAAAACAUCUCCUUUUGGAGUUUAUAUUUACAAGAUGAUACGAAACUUGCUUUUCGGGUAAACUUUGCUUUUAACCGAAGAAAAGUUCCCACGGUGGUGUGCUCGACUUGGGGGGGACUUGUUUCAUUUUGGAGUAGCAUUGCUUUCUCUUGGAGCAUUAAGAGCAUGUCUGAGCAGACAUCGGUGACUCUCUUUUCAACCGAACGAUUUUCUCGUGACGUGUCUGUAUACGUGGACGUCAAUCGCGGGCGGUGCUGGUCGUGUUUCCCCACCAGAUCAUUUACAGCUCUGUUAUAAAGACAAAUUGAGACGGAGGAAUGUUUUUUACUGAACGUUUUCUACUUGUAGACGGAUAAAUAGCUACCAGUAUUUUUUUGCGUGGAGAAUUUUUUCAAUACAAGAAGAAAAGACUUUGAAGGGAUGAAAUGUUUCGAUGCAAUGGGCACGUGUGACCAAACUACCUGUACACAGAUAAAGAGAUGUUUCUAUUUUUUCCUUUUUGUAAAAUAAUAUUUUGUUUGUUGUUGUCUUUUGUAUGCUGUCUCUAUGCUUGUGUUAAGAAUGUAAGACUGCGGCGGAGGUGGAUUUAUCCUCUUGUCUUUAGAGAUGGGGGUUUUUUUGUGCUCUUUGGAGAUUUAUGGGGUAUUGCUGUCCUCAGGCUUUUUUUUCUGAGAAGGUUGAUAUUUCUUGACUUGCUGCAUUGAUGAUAUCACAAAACCAAAAAUACACUUACAAUAUUUUUACCUGGA